AUGCUCCCUUCGGGGACGGAUCUUCCUCAUCGUGUGCGGUAUUUCUAUGCUGGGGGCGAGUACACUACCCUGGCAGACACCGGCGAGCACAUUCGCACCGGCCAGAUCUAUGUGGAGAAACUGACCCCCACGCGAGUCACUCAACCCUACCCCAUUGUUUUGAUCCACGGACAGGCUCAGACUGGGACCAACUGGCUGAACAAACCGGACGGUCAGCCCGGAUGGGCCUCGUACUUCCUGGCCCAGGGCUACGAAUGCUACCUGCUCGACCAACCCUUCCGCGGUCGCAGUCCCUGGCAGUCGUGGAAGGGAGACCUGGAGACUUACUCGGCGGAGCAUCUGCAGCGAUACUUCACUGCUCCCGAGCGGUAUGAGCUAUGGCCGCAAGCCGAGCUGCACACCCAGUGGCCGGGAUCCGGGGUGAUGCACGACCCGAUCUUCGACGAGUAUUACGCCAGCACCGUGCCCUUCGUGAGCGACAACUUACUCCAAGAGACCGCCAUGCAGAAAGCGGGCGUCGCUCUGCUCGAUAAGAUUGGCACGCCCCUGAUCCUCCUGGCACACUCUCAGGGCGGCAUCAUGGCCUGGUUGUUAGCCGAUCAGCGACCGGAUCUCGUGCAACUGAUCGUCUCCCUGGAACCAGGCGGCCCCCCUUUUCGCGAUGUCGGCUUCGGGAAUGGAUCCGCCCGCGCAUAUGGCUUGACGGACAUUCCUAUCGCCUACUCGCCUGCGGUGGUCAAUCCCGCAACCGAUUUGGUGACGACUACCAUCCCCGCCACCCACCCGGAUGAGGUGGGCUGUGUGAUUCAAGCAGACGACCCACCUCCGCGUCAGCUGGCUAAUUUGCAGCGAACCCCUGUGGUGCUGGUCUCCUCAGAGGCAUCGUAUCAUGCGCCGUACGACUGGUGCACCGUCCGAUUUCUGCGCCAAGCAGGGGUGAGCACAGAGUAUGUGCGGUUGGCGGACUGGGGUCUUCGUGGUAAUGGCCAUAUGAUGUUUUUGGAGAAGAACAGUGAUGAUGUUGCAGCGCUAGUGCACGGGAGGAUCCAAAAGUUUAAUUGA